UUUUUAGCUGCUAACACUGGAGAAUCUGGUGCUGGAAAGACUGUGAACACCAAACGUGUCAUCCAGUACUUUGCCACAGUUGCAGUUCAGGGUGAUAAGAAGAAAGAGCAGACUCCCGGCAAAAUGCAGGGCUCUCUUGAAGACCAGAUUAUUGCUGCCAACCCUCUGCUCGAGGCUUAUGGUAAUGCCAAGACUGUGAGAAAUGACAACUCCUCUCGUUUUGGUAAAUUCAUCAGAAUUCACUUCAGUACAUCAGAAAAACUGGCUAGUGCUGACAUUGAGACAUAUCUGCUGGAGAAGUCUAAAGUGACAUUCCAGCUUCCAGAUGAGAGAGGCUACCACAUCUUCUACCAGAUGAUGACCAACCACAAGCCUGAGCUGAUUGAAGUGACGCUCAUCACCACCAACCCCUAUGACUUCCCCAUGUGCAGUCAGGGUCAGAUCACAGUGGCAAGCAUUGAUGAUAAAGAGGAGCUGAUGGCUACUGAUUCUGCUAUUGACAUUCUGGGCUUCAGUAAUGAGGAGAAGAUGGGCAUCUACAAAUUCACUGGAGCUGUGUCCUAUCAUGGUAACAUGAAGUUCAAGCAGAAGCAGCGUGAGGAGCAGGCUGAACCUGAUGGCACAGAGGGUGAGACUAAAUAAUACCAAUGUUUGUCAUCA